AUGCUAACUGGACCUUUAAAUGAUGAAUUGAUUGAAACAUUAGAAGAGAUUGAAAUGGAAAGGAAUAAUUUGCUUUUGGGUGAAAAUAUUUAUAACCAGCCGGCUACUAAGACAAAACCAAAAGCAUCUUCUUACCGGGGUAUUACUACAGAAGAUGUUGAUAGAAUUGAAAAUAUUACUAAGGCUGAUUUACAAGAAGCCAUAGCUAAAUCCUUUCAAGAGACUAUGUCUCAAGCAACUAAGACUCUAGGUAAUAGUAAAAAAUCAGCUAAUAAGAGAGCAGAAAACCUUAUGAUUAGACGUUUUUUAAGUGAUCUAAUAAGAGAGAAAGGUAAUGUAACUCCUGACAAUGAUUAUAAUUAUGACCUUGUGGAUGAUAUUACUGAUAGUAUAGCUAGCAUAACACUAAAUAAGGUCACAAUAAAUGCUAUCAAAUCUGCUGUUAGACAUGCUCUGAGAGAAACUCCACUAGAGGAAACUAUUCGUAAAAUCCUCCAAAGUGAACCUAAAUUAAUUUUUCCUGCAUAUUUUUCUUUCUCCAGGAAUUCUAGUCCCAUUGUGCCCAAAGAUAUAGUGGCUCUUAUGGAACUGAAGGUAGUAUAUCAAAGCAAUACCCCUUCAGUUUCCAAAGAUUCAGAUGAGUCUAGUCUAGAGGAAGACUGA